UUUAUAUGUUUCACUCAUGGUUAAAUAAGUGUAAAUGUUUCCCAAAGCUGUACGUUCCUCUCUUUCUCAGGAGGAGGAGUUACAGCAUGCCAAGGAGGAGCAGGAGCGGAAGGAGGAGGAGGAGUACCUGCGGCUGAAGGAGUCUUUUGUGAUCGAGGAUCAGGGAGAAGCAGAGGAGUUCAGCGAGCACGAGUCUCGCAACCUGCUGCAGGAGUUCAUCCAGUAUGUCGAGAAGUCUAAAGUGGUUUUGCUGGAGGAUUUGGCGUCCCACUUCAGCAUGCGCACACAGGAUGCUAUUGGCAGACUGCAGGACCUGAUAGCAGACGGCUCCCUGACAGGUGUGUGUGUGUGUGUGU